AUGGCGGCGCGGCAAGACCUGGUGCCGCGGCUAAGGCGCGGCCGAAGGAGAUGGAGAAACAGUAAUGCGCCCUCUGGAUUAGUCGAGGACACUGUAAGUUUAAAGUCCAUCUUUAUCCCGCUUAUCAGAGCACGAGGGGGGAGCGUCUGCUCGUAUGUCGGUUCUCUCCUCGAGCUUUCGAUCCCCGAUGACGGAGGGAGGCAGCUCACCAAAGGGGAGAUUGUCAGCCUCUGUUCUGAGUUCUUGACUGUGGGUACUGACACGACCACGACAGCGCUAGAGUGGACGAUGGCAGAGCUCGUGAAGAAUCCGAAGAUUCAAGGUAGGCUCGCCGAAGAGAUCGAGAAUGUAGUGGGGGCGAAAGAGAAGGUGGAGGAGGAGGAUCUGCAAGGGAUGCCGUAUCUGAAGGCGGUGGUAUUGGAAGGACUACGAAGGCACCCGCCGGGGCCGCCGAGGCACUUCGUGCUACCGCACAUGGCGACGGAGGAUAUUGAGGUCGGAGGAUAUGUCGUGCCCAAAGAUGCGUCGGUGAACGUUAUGGCGGCGGAUUUGGGAAUGGACGAGAAAAUCUGGUCGGAUCCGACGGAGUUCAGGCCAGAGAGAUUCCUAGCCGGCGGGGAGGCAGAGGACGUGGAUAUAACGGGGAGUAGGGAGAUAAUGAUGAUGCCGUUUGGAGUAGGGAGGAGGAUUUGCCCUGGGCUCGGGCUCGCGAUGCUGCAUUUGGAGUAUUUCGUGGCGAAUUUGGUGAGGGAGUUCGAGUGGAAGGCGGUGGAGGGGGAUGAGGUGGAUUUAUCGGAGACUUUGGAGCUUACGGUGGUGAUGAAGAAUCACCUGCGAACUAGGAUUUUUCCGAGGAGGAGGAAGACGGAGAUCAAUGUCAGCACCUAA